AUGAUCGCAAAGGUUGUAUUCCUAGCUGCACUGAGUGCUAUUGCAUGCGCCAGUCACCAUGAUCAUCAUGAGCACCAUCAUCACCAUCCUCAACCCUACAAAUUCGGCUACGAAAUCAAAGACCACCACGGAUCUCAACAUAGGCAUGAACACGGCGACGGUCAUCAUGUUCAGGGAAGCUAUGGCUUUACUGACCAGAGAGGUAUCCACAGACAAGUUCACUACGUAGCAGACCAUCAUGGAUUUAGAGCCACCGUAAAAACAAACGAACCAGGAACUGCCAAUCAGGAUCCCGCUCAUGUGAAAUUACAUUCCGAUGCUCACUAUCAUCACGAGCCUCAUCACCAUGGACAUCAUCACCAUCAGCAUCAAGGUCAUCAUCACCAUCAUGGUCAUGCUCAUGUGUACCAUCACCAAGACCAUCAUCAUGGUCAUGCUCAUGUGUACCAUCACCAAGACCAUCAUCAUGGUCAUGCUCAUGUGUACCAUCACCAAGAUCACCAUCAUGGCCACCACCACGGUUGA